GUUAAAGAUGGUGCUGCCAAUGCCAAAACACGAGGCCUAAAAUACAGGCCCGAGUGUUGAAAGUUGAAGCUAACGCGGGGGGAGUUGUCCUAGAGCCGACGUGUUCCCCGGCCCAAGAUGCCCAUGCCCUUUCGGAUGACCCGUGACUCAGCUACGGCACGGCACGGCGCCGCGAAGAAGACCUCAUCUGAAAAAUGGUUCCUAAAUUUUGAUUUUUCAUUUUUCGGCAAAGCUUAUGGAGGGAAAAUUACAAAAUCAGCAGAACAGCGAAUGAAAUCCAAGCUCACUUUUCGCACCUUGCUUCGAGUGCCAACAAAACCGUGGAAAAGGUGAAGCCCUUCCCAAUUGUAAUUUCCCAAACGCCUCCUUCCCCUCUCUAAACCCUCUCCCUGUUCAUCGCUGUGAAGUCUAAACCCCGAUUUCCCAAGCUCGUCUCUUUCGGGGUCGUCGCGCGGUCAUCUCGGAUUAAGCAGUGAAAUGUUCGAUUUUGCUGGUUAUUUGACGUGAUCAGUCCGCGGCUCUGUGUGCGGGUGCUCCUGAGCAAAGACUAAUGGGACUUGCUUGUUUCUGUACCAUGGUUUGAUUGGAUUGAAGCUGUCUUAAGUGUUUGGGGGAGGUGUUUCAAGUUAGGGAUUUUGUAUGGUGCUCGAAUGAGAUGAAAUCAUGACAGAGGGCUUGAGAUCCCGUAGUUUUCCGGAGAAGUUGGAGAGAGAUGCAGUUUUGUUGAGCCCUGAGAUUGUUGAGGAAAGGGGGGAUGGGGUGAGUAACGGUGGUGAGUCAGAGGAGAAAGGAAGCCCGACUUUGAGUAAUGUGAAGUGCGAAGAAGUGCCAUUGGUCAGUGUUGCAAGAAGUGAAGAGAUCGAGGAGAAGAGGGAUGGGCUGGAACAUGUGGAAUGUGGUGAAGGUGGCGAUACAGUAAAGCGUAAGAGGGGGCGGAAGAGAAAAAAUGUUGAUGGUGAUAAAUGUGACGGGGGUGGUGAUGAGCCAGCAGAUAAAGGAAGCCAGAUUUUGAGUCAUGUGAUGUCUGGAGAAGUGUCAUUGGUCACUGCUGUGAGAAGUGAAGAGAUUGGGGAGAAGAGGGAUGGGUUCGAACAUGUGGAAUGUGGUGCAGAUGGCAAUACAGGAAGGCGUAAGAGAGGGCGGAAAAGAAAAAAUGUUACUGGUGAUAAAUGUGAUGGGGCUGGUGAUAGAUCAGAGGAUAAAGCAAGCCUGCUUUUAAAUCAUGGGAAGUAUGAAGAAGUGUCAUUGGUCAAUGCUGCAAGAAGUGAAGAGACUAGGGAGAAGAAGGAUGGGUUGGAACACGUGGAAUGUGGUGCAGGCAGCGAUACAGGAAAGCGUAAGAGGGGGCGGAAAAGAAAAAAUAUCGAUGUUGAUAAAUGUGAUGGGGGUGGCAAUGAGUCAGAGGAUAAAGGAAGCCUGCUUCUGAGUAAUGUGAAGCACGGUGAAGUGUCAUCGAUCAGUGCUGCGAGAAGUGAAGAGAUUCAGGAGAAGAGGGAUGGGCUGGAACAUGUGGAAUGUGGUGAAGGUGGCAAUACAGGAAAGCGUAAGAGAGGACGGAAAAGAAAAAAGGUUGAUGGUGAUAAAUGUCAUGGGGGUGGUGAUGGGUUAGAGGAUAAAGGAAGCCUGCUAUUGAGUCAUGUGAAGUGUGGAGAAGUGCCAUCAAUCAAUGCUGCAAGAACUGAAGAUAUUGAGGUGAUGAGGGAUGGGUUGGAACAUAUUGGAUGUGGUGAAGGCAGCAAUACGGAAAAGCGAAAGAGGGGCCGGAGAAGAAAAAAUGUUGAUGGUAAUAAAUGUCAGGGGGUAGAUGCGAUGAAGAAGUUGGAGGAGCCUUCCAAUGGUGACGUUGGGUUUGUUGGUAGAGUGUUGCGGUCAAGGUCUGCAGCUAGGACAGAGAUUGAGAAUGAAAAAGGUGGUGGGAAGAAUGAAGUUGACAUGAAACAGAGUGGAAGUGUUGUGUUUGGGAAAAGAAGUAGGGUAACUGAUGGCGGUGACAAGGUAAUGGUUCAGAUGGAGAAGAGUGAAAGUAAUCAAUUGAUUGGCAUAUUAAAGAAGAGGGGUAGGGGCAGGCCUAAAAAUUCCUGCAGAUUACAUGGGACUAAUGGGGUUGUAAAUGUGACGCGUAACAACAAAGGGGUCUUUGGGACUGGGAAAGAUAAAAGGGGUUCUCAAUUAGCAGCUGGUUUCAAGGGAAAUGCACCAAAAAAUCAAGAGAAGAAAUUUGUUGCGAAACUGUCUUUGAAUUGUCGUUCGUCCAGUAAGAAGCGUAGGUCUGGGGAUGAUGGUCGAUCUACAAAAAAACAGUUACUAAGACUGCGAAUAAUAGAUAUGCUUCUUAGUGCAGGCUGGAAGGUUGACUAUAGGCCUAGGAGAAGUAAAGAGUACAAAGAUGCAGUGUAUGUCAGUCCUGAAGGAAGGGGUUACUGGUCUGUUACAUUGGCUUACAGCGUGCUGAAAAAGAGUUAUGAAGGUGGUAUUGGUGAUUGUAAGACCUCAAUGGUUGGUUUCUCAUUUACUCCGAUACCGGAGGAGGAACUUAGUAUUCUAUCGAGGAUUACAAAGAAGCAAAAGGAGAAAGAAAAUAAGUUGAAGCAAAAAGGUGAUGGAGGAGAUAAUGCUGAUGAAGGGUGUAUUGGAAAGAAAUCUGCAAAGAAAAAACAUGGAGCAAAGAAUGAACUAAACUUCAAGUACAAAGAGAAACUGAGUUCUAAGAUGGUUAAACGGCAUAAGUUCUUGAAAGAAACUCAAAAUCGUAAGCGAUGUGCUUUGUUGGUUCGCAGCUCUCAGAAUUCAGUGACUUCUGAACUUGAUGGCUACGCUCCAUAUUUUGGCAAACGAAGCGUGCUCACCUGGAUGAUUGAUUUGGGAGUUGUUCCACUUAAUGCGAAGGUGCAGUAUAUGAACCAGAGACGAACACAAGUAAUGCUUGAGGGUACGAUUACAAGAGAUGGCAUUUAUUGUAGGUGCUGUAAUGAAAUUGUCACAAUUUCAAAAUUUGAAACCCAUGCAGGAAGCAGACUGUGUCAGGCAUCUCAAAAUAUAUAUUUGGAAACAGGGAUUUCCCUGUUGCAGUGCCAGUUAGACUCGUGGAAUAAACAAGAUGAAUCUGAUCGUAAUGGAUUUGUUCUCAUAAAUGUUGACGGGGAUGACCCAAAUGAUGAUACUUGUGGCAUUUGUGGAGAUGGUGGGGAUCUGAUCUGUUGUGAUGGUUGUCCAUCGACAUUCCAUCAAAGCUGCUUGGAUAUACAAAAGUUACCUUUAGGUGAGUGGCACUGUGUAUAUUGUUCAUGCAAAUUUUGUGGAAGGAAUUCAUGUCAAGGGAAUGGCAGUCAUGAUAAAGCCAUCUCUGCUAUACUCACCUGUCGUUUGUGCGAGGAAAAAUAUCACCAGUCCUGCGUUCAGGCAAAUGAUGCUCAAUGUGAUGAUUCGAAUAGCAUAUUCUUUUGUCAAAAGAGAUGCCAAGAGCUCUUUGCGAGACUACAGAUGCUUAUUGGGGUUAGACAUGAACUGGAAGAAGGAUUUUCAUGGACGUUCAUUCAAAGAUCUGAUGUCAGUUCUGAUGUGUCUCUCAGCGGAGCAUGCCAAAAUGUUGAAAGUAAUUCCAAGCUAGCUGUUGCAUCGUCUAUUAUGGAUGAGUGCUUUUUGCCCAUUGUUGACCAGAGAAGUGGGAUCAGUUUGAUGCAUAAUAUUGUCUACAACUUUGGGUCAAACUUCAAUCGAUUGAAUUAUACUGGCUUUAUCACUGCUAUUCUAGAAAGGGGUGAUGAAAUCAUCUCUGCUGCAUCCAUCAGGAUUCACGGGAACCAGUUAGCAGAGAUGCCGUUCAUUGCGACUCGUAAUAUGUAUAGGCGUCAAGGAAUGUGCCGUCGGCUUCUAGUUGCAAUUGAAUCUGCUCUUUGUACCCUCAAUGUGGAGAAAUUGGUCAUACCUGCUAUCCAUGAACUCAUGCAGACAUGGACUUCAGUUUUCGGUUUCAAGCACCUUAAUGUAUCAGACAAGCAAGUAAUGAGGCGGAUGAAUUUGUUAGUUUUCCCAGGCACAGAUAUGUUACAGAAACCCCUACUUAAGCAUCAAUUUUCUGAAGAAAACAUGAUUCCCACUGCAGCUGUGAUGUCCUCUGAACUUUCACAGGCUCAUAAAAAUGUGCAUGAGGGAGUGAAUAAUUCUGAUGGGCCUGAUUCAAUCAUUUUUGGUGCGGACAUUGUCCACUGUAUAGAUGGUACUAAUCGGGAGCCUAGUGCUACCGACACUGGCUUGCAACUUCCUGGUGGCUCGUUGCAUGAUACAUCUGGCAUAACCACUGAAACAAUAAAUUUUGCAGAAUCUUCUGCUGAUGCAAACUGUCUUAUUCAACCGAGCAUAACUGGUGAUGAGGGGAAAAAUGAUACUGUCAUGAGUUCUAUUGGGUCAGCAAAUGAUGUUCAUGAAUUUAUUUCACAGUGUACAACCGAGGGGAUCAAUGACUGCAAGAAUGAUGCAUCUAUAGCAGCUAAUUGUGAUAAAAAAGUUCAUGCAUCAAUGGCAGCUGUAGAAAGUGUUUCUUGUGAGGUUAAAGUAGAUGGUAGUAUUGGUAAAGAUGAUGUGGUCUCACAUGAAGAUGACUCUGUACAACAACCUGCAGACAUUAGUACUCAAACCAGGGAUGCAGUUGCCUGCCAUGAUUCAGAAUCAACCAGCCAGACUUGUCUUGAUGUAAAGGAUAAUUAUCCACUGUGUGGGUCUUCUUCGAAUUGUAGCUUUAACAGUUUAAAUAAACGCAGUUUGCAUGAUAGCUCUGAACUGUUGAGGGUCAAAGGAUGUACUUUAGAUGCCGAUGACAACAUGGUUGAUACUUGUGGAGUAAAAAAUGAAGUUGCUUCUAAAGAGUAUAGAUCUGUGGCCCUACAUGAGAGAUGUUUAGCAUCCAGUGGAGCUGAUUCCAUGAUUAUAUCAAUGCCUUGCAACUUUUCUUGUGAUGUAGCUGCUUUCCCGACUUUCCAGUCAGUCCAUCAAAGAGCACGAGAUGUAGAAAAUGGCUCCUCUCCAGAUUUUCCAGUUUGUUCUAAUAUCAGUUCUUCCAGUCUGGGCUGUAUGCCCGAUGGCCAUGAAGUUGCAGUUGGUAGAGAGAGUCAUCCUUUAUGCACAGCUUCCUCUAAUUUCACUGCAGAACCCAACAAUCAAACUUGUGGGGGUAGGCGUCCUGUUGAGCUGAGUCACCAAACUGCUAAUGCAGUUACAGUGAAUGAUGUCUGUGACACAAAGGAUGCUGUUACUGAUGCUCAUACUGAUUCCCAUUCUCAUGAGGAGCCUUCCCGUGAUAGGCCUCAGAUAGUCACUAACUCUUUGGAGCAAUCAGAGUCCACCACCCAGUGUAAUUCUGACACUCUGUGCAAAUUGCAGUCCAGUUCUGGCAUGGCUCUAAUAUGUGCCUCUGGUGGGUGUAAUUCAUGUGGCAUUCCUUAGGUAGAUCAUGGAAACUGUUGAAGAUUGGCAAGCCAUCUUAAAUCUGUUCUGCUUUUGUGGAGAAUGAAAUGCUAGAUUCAAAGAGCUGGCUUGAUAUAAUAAGGCUUGACCAUUUACAACUUGGAGGCUGUAGUUGAUGAUUGUCUCAUGGAUGAAAACCGUUGUAAUUAAAUAUUUUGUUAGAACAAACUACACUAAUUAUGCAUUUAUAAUGCAGUUUUGGAGAAAGGUUAGGAAAUAUACAGUAGUGUUCCUGACAGUUUGAGCUCUAGAUUUUGGAGUCCUUCAAUGACAAAUCUGAAGCAAGGUGAAGAGCGUAGUUUUCAUUUUUUUGAGGUAUGUUUUUACGUUCUCAUUCAACUCCAGCAUCAACACUUUUGGCACAAAUCCUAUCAUAUACCAAGUUGCACUUCUAAUAGUCUUUUUCCUUCACCAAAUCAUCAAUUGAUUAGGUGAGUUAAAUUAAACUUCUCUUGCUGAAAUUUUUAGUCAUCUAAAUCCUGCUUAAGCUGUCCGAAAUUACAUUUCAACAAAUUUUCUAGCUUCUGAAUUUUCUUUUCAUUUGCAGUGGAAUUUGAGGGUUGUGAUGGGCAACCAUGAAAUGAAGCAAUUGGAAGUGAGAGUGCUCCUGGCAGAACGUAGAGAGGUAUCUCUGGACUGGGAUGAUAGUACUUCCAGUAAUUGGCAGAAAUUGUAUACUAUAGUCAAUUGAAACAUGGAAAUAUUUUGUGAUCUGUGUUGUCAUUAAACUAAGCCUGUAAAAUUCUUAAUAUAGUUUCAGAGAUGUAGGUGUGGUCGUGUAGCUUCUUAGCACUCAAGAUCCUUCUGUACCUUGGCAUUUCCUAUCCCUCAUGUAAAUAGAAAUUUUCAUCGGCUAAGUAGUGCCUCAAUUGAAAUUAUUUUACGUAUUUGUUCAUUGAUUUAUUUUCAUGA